ACAAGCCGCAGAAUUCCGGUUCUAAAAUCAAACGGCUUUGUGAAGAGCUGUCCACGGUGCGAACAAAAUUCCGCCAGUCUCUCUGUUUUCUUUCCGUUUCUGCACAACGCGCCUAAUAAAACCCUGCCAAACCUAAAACCCCCACUCAUUUCCCUUCCAUUUCUAUUCCCUAUCCAACUUGUCCUUCGCCAGACUCUGGACUAGAUACCAAACAAUUCACAAAUCAGAGAAACCUGAAAAACCCUAGAUUCGCAAAAUGUCGAUGUCGAAGAGCUCUAAGAUGCUCCAAUAUAUCAACUAUCGGAUGCGGGUCACCAUCCAGGACGGCCGGCAGCUGGUCGGAAAGUUCAUGGCCUUCGACCGCCACAUGAAUCUUGUCCUCGGAGACUGCGAGGAGUUUCGCAAGCUUCCACCUGCCAAGGGCAAAAAGAACAACGAGGAGCGGGAGGAUCGUCGCACUCUUGGCCUCGUUCUUCUCCGUGGCGAAGAGGUGAUUUCCAUGACUGUUGAGGGCCCCCCUCCUCCUGAAGAGUCUCGCGCUAAGGCUGUUUCCGCUACUGCCGUUGCUGGCCCCGGCAUUGGCCGCGCAGCUGGCCGUGGGAUUCCCACUGCUCCUCUCAUUCAGGCCCAGCCUGGUCUUGCGGGUCCUGUCCGUGGCGUUGGUGGUCCUGCACCUGGCAUGAUGCAGCCGCAGCUCUCGCGUCCUCCGGUCCCACAACUUUCUGCUCCGCCUAUGACUUAUCCUGCAGCAGGGGCUCCACCGGCUGGUAGCGCCCCUGUCAUACGGCCGCCUGGCCAAAUGCCUCCUCCUGCUUAUCCUGGUCAAGCUCCUCCAAUGGUUCGGGGUCCACCUCCACCUGUUCCACCUCAGUUUGCUGCUAGGCCACCACAACAGGGGUACCCAAUGCCGCCACAGUUUGCACAGAGACCAAUGGGAAUGCCACCCCAGCCACAGGCACCGAUGAUGAGAGGGCCUCCUGCUCCAAGGCCUGGAAUGCCAGCCCCACCUCCUCCUCGUCCUGGGAUGCCCCCUCAGGCUGGUGGGGUUCCUAUUUAUGGACCUCCUCGUCCUGGUAUGCCACCUCCUCUCAAUCCCCAACAGCAGCAGCAGAAUCAGCAGCAACAAUGAUUAGGGUUGCUGCAGUUGUGCUGCGAAAGUUCUCUGAUGAAAAGGAUUCUAUCAAGUGGUGAAGUCUUUAUUAGGUUUGCCUUUGUGCUCUGCAACAUCUAAUUUCGAAUUCGCUAGGGUUUUGAACUAAUGUGGAUCCUCCUAUUUUAGUUUAGGAUUUUGUUGUGUUGUAAUGGUACUAUAUGCAUUGUUGGCGGAGUGGAGAGUGUUUUAUCAAAGUUAUAUUGGCACAUAUGAUCAUUAGACGAAAAAUUAUUAGCAGUGCAGCGUUUAAAUUGAA